GGGACACGGCAGGAUACAGCGUGCACUGGCUGUCCCUGAAAUGCCACAAGUUCCUGCCACACAGAGGAGCAGACAACAAGUGUUUGGCUUCAGAACACAAGCAACCUAGUUUGUUGGGAUCUCCACAGAAGUUAACACAGAAGCAAAUCUCUUAAUGUGACGGUUGAUCGCUGUGCAGUUGGUGACAGGAGUCUCUCUUGCAGCAGCAUCUCCAGUUGGGGCAGGGGAGACUCCCCCAGCCUGCACCCAGCCGGUCCUGCCUGAUUGCUGUGGCACACACAUGAUCUGCUGUUCUUAAUUUUCUUAAACUAUCCACACGAUAUCUCCUAACUAUCUAAGAAGAUAGGUGCAGAAGACUGUCCUACAUGACCAUUUCUGCAUCUCCAGGAACACCUCCUACUCUUACAACUUUUGCACAGCGCGGUCAGUGCUGCAGCAGGAAACACCUGGGGAGCUUGUGCUACAUUCAGAUCCUUGUCUGCAAGCUGUUAAGCAGCCCAUGUGGACACACUGGUGGUGCUCAUCCACUGGUUUAGGCACAGCAGGAGGUCCUGCCCCAAAAGUCCUGUGAUGACCAGUCAAAUGUUGUCUUUGGAAGACAGCUAGGACUUCGGUCCAUCAUCUCCGCUCAGGUCAGCCCAUUGCCUCACCAGCACAGAUGUGAGCCAAGGAGCACCGGGACCACCCUGGGAUUGGGUGUCUGUUGUGUGCUGGGUGUUUUUGUUCUGUCACGCUUCCAGCUUAAACUCUACAGCAGACUGGUUGGUAUAGUAGACCCUCAGGAAAAGGUCUCUUCUGGGCAGCUCGGGAGGGUUUCCAGUCAGACCUGGAAGGGUUCCUGGGUUUUCCAGCCUGUUACGGUAGAUAAGGCACACUCACCUCUCCUAGCUGCUCUGUCCCCGCCCAUGGCUUUGGUGUUGCACAAAUUAAGGGCAAUAAUUGUGCUGCACAUGGUCCACACAUCCGUACUUGCCUGUCUGACCAUGAGGGACAGAAGCUGGUGGCCCAAGAGGGAGGAGGCCCCUCCAUGCGGGAACAGCGGUAGUUCUGGCCCUGAAAACAAGCAGCUCAGGUUUUGGUGGAGCCGAGAAGAGGAAGGUAUAAAGAGCAGCAAUGUGACUCCAGCCCAGUGCCGGCGACUCUGAGCGAAUGCUUGCACUGCUGUGGCCUUGGGAGCGGAGGCAGCUAUCUUGCUGACAGUGGGGCAGAGGAGAGGGUGCGUCAGAGGGCUUGGUAGUGAGCACCGGAUAUCCAGACCUGCAGCACAGGGCAUUCCCUGCCUGGACAGGAUGCUGGGCACCACUUUUGUCACUCAGCACCAGAAAAGGUGGAUCCAGGGUGUGGAAAAAGCCAAGAGGCUGGGGAACCGCAAAGAUUGCCUUAGAACAAAGAGCAGAUGCAAGCCCUUAUGGGAAAAUACAAGAUAACUGAGGAUUAAAAGGCAGCUACAGAGUCAGUGCAGAGGCAGAUGGAGCAGCAUGGGAGGGCUUCGUGUCCGCUCCAUUCUGGUGACUGGAGCCAACCGAGGAAUCGGCCUGGGGUUUGUCUGGCACCUGCUGGGGCUGCCAAACCCACCCGAGUGGGUCUUUGCAGCCUGUCGGGACCCCAAGGGACAGCGAGCACAGGAGCUGCAGAACUUGGCCUCCAAGCACCCCAACCUGGUCAUCAUCCCACUCGAAGUCACCGAGCCCGCCAGCAUCAAGGCAGCUGCAGCCAGCGUUGGGGAGCACCUCAAGGGCUCAGGUCUCAACCUCCUCAUCAACAAUGCUGGGAUUUCACACUAUAAAUCACUUGACACCCAGACACAGGAGGACAUGUCCCAGGUGUACGCCACCAACACCAUUGGGCCCCUGCUGCUGAGCCAGGCAUUCCUGCCCCUGCUGAAGAAGGCUGCCCAGGGGAGCCUGGGCUCGGGGCUGAGCUGCAGCAAGGCAGCCAUCAUCAACAUGUCCAGCUAUGCUGGCUCCAUUCAGGAUGUCUAUCUCUGGGAGUACGGAGAAGCUCUCUCAUAUCGCUGCAGCAAGGCUGCUCUGAACAUGCUCACCAAGUGCCAGUCCUUGGGCUACCGGGAACACGGCAUCCUCUGUGCUGCUUUCCAUCCUGGCUGGGUGCAGACGGACAUGGGAAACACAGCCGGAGACACGCCCCCCGUGACAGUAGAUGAGAGCGUAGGAGGGAUGCUGAAGGUGAUCUCCUCCUUCUCCGAGAAGGACACCGGGACCUUUCUCGACUGGGAAGGGAAAGUUGUGCCCUGGUGACACACUGGACCAGCCUCAUGCCCAGAUCCUGGCAGCAGCCCCUCUGCUGCUUCCCAACCUCCACCACACCCUCAAUAAACCUUUGUCUGAAAGCAGCAGUGCUGCCAUCCGUAUCUGUCUGUGCGCUCGACAGGCUCUGCCACACUGAGCCUGCAGAGGGCAGCCCCUUCCCGUGUGGUCCCACUCCUCAUCUGUGUGUGUGUCAGCGCCCACUGCUCCUGUCCCCUGCCCAUACUGGGGAUACCCACGUGUGUCCCACUGGAAAUUACUCUCUGGGGGCAGCACAAGUGAGGCAGGGGCACAGGAUCCAGCCGGCAAGGGGUCCCCGCAGGGGCUGAGGUGUCCAAGGACAUGGAGCGAGAGGCAGUCGGCAUGGGCAGAGUUGGGGUACAGGGCGCUGGCUGCGUAGCCACACGUGCGGUGUGGAAGGGGGAGAAGCUGCUUCCUGUGUCCAUGGGUGGGCAGGAGAGACGUGGGGGGCUGAGCUGGCUGUCACCAGGGCAGGCUGUUCCCUUCCCAGUCGAGGAAGGCACCGGAGGUCUCUUGCGAGAGGCUGCCCAGCACCGCCAGGAUGCCCUGCACACUGCGCUCCACCGUCAUGGGUGCCUGCAGAAGAGGACAAGGAUCGAUGUCACUGCCAUGGCCAAUGGUGGGCAGCGAGAGCAGCAGGG